AUGAAAUUCUUCCUUGUACUUUUUACGAUACUUCUGGGGCUGCUGGCGCUUAGCCAUGGGGAGCAUAUUCCACAGCUCAAAGGAAUGAAACAUCUCACAAUACCCUCUGCAUCCCUUGAGCAGCGCUCCUUCCUCCAAUCUUUCAAUGACAACCCGAAUAUUGAUUUCCUGAGAUUCACUCGUGCUGAACAUGACCCAAUCGACGUUCUAGUUACGGCAAGUGAAUUACCGAAUUUCAAAAGAGCUUUAAAUUCACGUUCAAUUGAUUACGAAGUGAACAUUGAGGAUGUCGCGAAAGCCGUAGCCAAAGAAAAGUACACGAAUGACAUGCGACGCAGGCUAUCUCCACUGUCAAGAUCUGCUGGUCGAAGACAACUCAGAGGAUUCAGCUACUAUCCACGAUUUGCAGAGAUUGAGAGUUACUUGAAGGAACUCACUCGACUCUACAAUAAAACUACUCAGCUCAUCGAAAUUGGUAAAAGUUAUGAAGGCAGGCCAAUCUACGUCGUGAAGAUCUCUAGUGGUGGAAAGAAUAAGCCCGCGAUCUUCAUCGACGCUGGAAUCCACGCUCGUGAGUGGAUUGCACCAUCAACUGCACUCUACGCACUUCAUCAAUUGGUGAACAAUAAAACUAACAGCAAGUUGUACGCAAAUGUUGAUUGGUACAUUCUUCCCAGUCUUAACCCUGAUGGUUACGAAUUCACUCACGCAAGCUACCGAUUCUGGAGAAAGACGCGUUCACCCAAUCCGAAUUCUAAAUGUGUAGGCACCGACGCUAACAGGAACUUCGAUCUUAAAUGGAUGACCAUUGGUGCAUCCAGCAAUCCUUGCGCAGAUACCUACGCCGGUAGCAAAGCAUUCUCAGAAGUAGAGACGCAAGCCGUCAGGAACUUCAUGCUAGCUAACAACAAUACUAUAAAGGUUUAUUUGACUCUCCAUUCUUACGGACAGUACCUGUUGCAUCCAUGGGGCUGGACUUCAGCUCUACCCGACACUGAACCUCUCCUUCGCAAAGUUGGCAUAAUGGCUGCCGAGGCUCUUUAUCAAAUUUACGGAACUGAAUAUGUUGUUGGAAGUUCCACAAAUGUCUUAUAUGCUGCUGCUGGCGGUAGUGACGAUUGGGCCCUGGGAGUUGCAGGCGUAGAUUUAUCCUACACCAUCGAACUGCCAGGUGGAAGAUUCGAUCCACCAGCUAGUCGUAUUGUACCUGUUGGCAUCGAAACCUUCGAAGCCUUCAAAGUCUUCCAGCAAUACGUGGAAGAAACAUACCCCCCUCAAAAUUUUUUUUAGUCUAUUUGUAUACUUUUGUAUCUUUUUUUUAAAGUCGUCUUUCUAUGAAAAUAUGAAUUCUUAUUAUAGAACCUUUAUUAUAGAAUAUGUAAUUGUUAGUGUAAAAUCAAGGGAUAGGAAAAGUGUGCUCACCGAGCAGAAGAUGUUUCUGACUUCAAUUAACUCUCUUACCAUAGAUUAAAUAGGCACUAGUGUAUCGAGCGUAGGCCCUUCCAGGCCCCCUCCACUGAACUAUAAGUAUCAAUGACUGUCGUAUAUUUUUGUUAAUAAAGCUAAAAUUUUUAGAUA